UAACGAUAGAAUGAAAAGCCGGUAACGAAGAUGAGUAGAACUUUAACUUAACUUUACUAAUGUUUCUAAAUAUUUUCGUUUUUUCUCCCACAUCACAUUUCUAUAUUGUGAUGAAAAUAGAGGAUAUGUCAUAUUUAUAUUUUUUAUGUUAAAAUUAUAACCCAUUUGCAGCGGACGAAAGAUCCGCUGUGUGCGGAAGACUUUUUCGCACGUUCAGUGUAAUGCACGUUGAACACUCAUAGGCGUUUACCGCAUACAGUCGAUUAAUUAAUCGAAUAUGUGUUUAAGCGCUGCUUGGCGCUGUUCACAGUCAAAGGGUUAAUAAACAGAUUUUAAUUAAAAAUUGAAUAAUGGCUGAUGAAGAAGAAGAGAAGGAAUACCGGUGGGAGACUGGUUAUGAAAAAACAUGGGAAGCGCUUAAGGAAGAUGACCAUGGAUUACUGGAAGCAUCUAUCGCUGAUAUUAUUCACAAUGCUAAGAGGAAACGUCAGAUGGAUAAAAAAAUUGGUGCCAGAUUGGGAAUGAUGAGACAUGUCUAUAUAAUCCUUGAUGCUUCGGAAGCAAUGUCCAAUCAGGAUUUAAAACCAACUCGUUUUUUAUGUUCAUUGAAGCUUUUGGAGGAUUUUGUCGAAGAAUUUUUUUAUCAGAACCCCAUAAGCCAGUUGGGAAUAAUUCUUACAAGAAAUAAAAGAGCAGAAAAAAUAAGCGAAUUGGCGGGAAAUUCUAAGAAACACGUCAAGGAAAUAAGAGGCAUGCAACAAAUUCAGCCAGCUGGCGAACCGUCGUUACAGAAUUCACUGGAGCUAGCUUUGAAGUCUUUACGGCUUUUACCGUCGCACGCCAGUAAAGAAAUACUUGUAAUCAUAGGAGCACUCACGACGUGCGAUCCAAGAGAUAUCAAUGAAACUAUACAAAACAUGAAAUCAGACUGUGUAAGGUGUAGCGUGAUAGGAUUGGCCGCUGAAUUGUACAUUUGCAAAAGAAUGGCGACGGCAACUGGCGGCGAACAUGGCGUUGCGCUUGAUGAUAAACAUUACAAAGAGCAAUUGAACAUGCACAUAGAUCCACCGCCAGCCGCAACGAGAUUGGACGCUGCUCUUGUAAAAAUGGGCUUCCCGCAUCAUGCUUUGCAUUCUUCCACGACCGACACGUGUAUGGCAGUGUGCAUGUGUCAUGCGGAAAGCGCAGACGAGUCUGUUAAACUUACGAGCACAGGAUAUCUUUGUCCUCAGUGUCUAAGUAAACAUUGCGAGCUUCCCGUAGAAUGUAGAGCGUGUGGACUUACUUUGGUAUCUGCUCCUCACUUGGCUCGUUCGUAUCAUUAUUUAUUCCCUGUUGAGCCUUUUAGAGAAGUACCAUUUACUGGGGCUUGUUCAACUUGUUAUGGUUGCCAAAAAAUUAUCACGCAAAAGGAUAAAAAGGUAUACAUUUGCAACAAAUGUAAUCAAACAUUUUGCUUAGACUGUGAAAUAUUCAUCCACGAAUCUCUACACACGUGUCCGGGCUGUGCUACAAAUCCAGAUACAUAUCAAAGAUCCAUGAACAGAACUUAAUUAACUCUAUGUAUGUAGAAUAAAAUUAAUAGUUUUAAUUAUUUUAUACCAAAUACUUGAACAGGAAAUAUAGUCAUUCAUGACCAGUUCUAUGCACGAUAAACUAUUACAUCGUAGAACUGGCCCAUUGAUACUUUUAUACAAAAAAUCGCCCCUCGUUUAAGAGGAAUAA